AAUAUUUCCCUGCGAAAGUGUUCACGGAGUUGGUUACGCCCAGAUUGACGGACGUGAUAAAACAGAGAUACCGUGAGGGAAACGAGAACAGGGAGCUGCGGAUAGAGGAGACGGGUGGGUUAAGUGGCACCAUGCAGUAGCAACUGAAGAAACACCGGCUCAAACAUCAUCUUUCCCCGGUCUUAUCCGGCUGUCUUCCGCCGCUAGCCGUCCUACAACAGGAGGACCACACUUUGAGUUGGGAAUCUAUGUUUUCUGUGGUUGGAUGGACAAGGCAAAAGAAAUCAAAUGGAUGUUCCUCCUUCUCUUCAUUGCUACCCUCAUCUUCAUCCUCUCUUACACUAUGAGGACACCCAGGACGUACAGGUCCACCCCGCAGCCACAUGGGCCUCCAAAAACUUGCCCCUUGCGGCUCUCUGAGCAGACCAUCACCCCCCUCGACAAGACCAAGCACUUACUGGUGUCAGCCUACAUGGACCAGAGAGAGAAAGGCUUGGAUAUACGCAUCAUUGGCAUAUUUAAGAGAGACUCCAUCCAACCCCUUUACUGUCUUUUCUGUUGCACAGGCCAGUUAUCAAGUAAAACAACUCCAGCAACAAUUUUACAGCACUCAGACAACUUUGGUUUUCCCUUCGUCACUACAGAUGUCAUGUGUCAGAUUCCUCAAAACUGCAUGGCGACACAUGUCAGUCUCCUGACUCAGCCAGACAGUAAGAUGGUAUUUAACCAGACUUGGCUUCUUAUAAGAAACCAGAAGACCAGUGAGAAGGAGGAGAAAAAGUUGCAGUUUGACUUCACUGUCUGCAUCUCCAACCUGUUUGGAGACUACAACAACGUACUUCAGUUUGCACAGACCCUGGAGAUGUACAGGUUGCUGGGUGUGGACAGAGUGGUGAUCUAUAACACCAGCUGCGGCCCAGACCUCGACCGCCUGCUGCAGAGCUACAGCCAGGAGGGCCGUCGGAGAUGGGUUCCUUCCCCCCCCAUCGACCACCAUCUGAAACCAUCUCGAGGCUGGCUCUUCUCAGAGAGCGGAGGUGACGUGCACUACUUUGGCCAGCUGACCACGCUUAAUGAGUGCAUUUACAGAUCCAUGGACCGCUCACGCUACGUCCUGUUGAAUGACAUCGAUGAGAUUAUAAUGCCAUACCAACACAACAACCUGAUGUCUCUGAUGGACAUGCUCCAAAAGCAGCAUCCAAAUACAGGAGUGUACCUCAUUGAGAACCAUAUCUUCCCCAAGAAACAUUUUGAGCCAAGUGGGAGGUUUCACCUGCCUCAGUGGAACGGAGUGCCAGGCAUUAAUAUUCUGGAGCACAUCUACAGGGAGGAGCCCAACAGAAACAUAUACCACCCCCACAAGAUGAUAGUUAAGCCAAGGUCGGUGGGGUGGACGUCAGUGCAUGAAGUGCCCAAGUACUAUGGAGAACGGUUCAAGGUUCCACCGGACAUCUGUCGACUCAUACAUGUCCGCGUGGCUUUGCAAGGGUCGUUAACGGUGGAGCAGCUCCACGAGGACAAACGACUGUGGGACUUCCAAGAAAAACUGAUUCCCAAUGUGGACAAAGUACUGAGGAGAGUGGCACUGCUGAGCUCAGAGGGGCACAGGUGAUGGAUGGGAUGGACGGACACUCAGAUGGACACACAUGCUGAACAGGUUGAAUGUGACUCUCUCCAGCUGGGAUAUUUCAUAACAUCCAUGGAGUGUCACUGCCAUUAUUUUCUGAAAUGUUGCCUUCUUUUGCACUUAAAGGCCACCACACUGCCCUCCCUCAGCAACAACUGCCCUAAUGCAGGUGCCGACGCCAAGAACUAUACCAAAUUAAAUGCUGCUCAGUUGGUAAUAUUUUAAGAAUGCUCAACCUAAAGAACUGUAGCUGUACACUGUGCUGAGAGUGAUUCUCAGUGAGUCUGAACUGAACUACUGUAUGUGUAUAAUUUAUUUGUAAUCAUGGUGUCUUAUAAGUUAUUCUGAUAGCAAGUUUUUUGUUUUAGUGCAGUUUACGUGUUGCUUUGGGCUCCGUUUGUCUCAGAAGAUUUACCGUUUUUGUAGAGCGAUUCCUUGAUUUUAAGUUGUUCAUUCAGUAACCUCUGCUGUCAUGUGUCCUUUCCAGGGUGUUUGGGCUAAAUAAGCGUCCAAUCAAAAAGGCAGCUGCGUGCCAAGGUGAACUUGAUUGUCUGUCGAAACAAGCACAGGUUUAGUUGAACAGGUGACCAAACAUACGUGAAUUUGCACUCCCCUUUGAACUUUUAAAAAUGAGCCCCAUUGUCUUAGCUGUAGAGACCUGCCCUUAUUUACUGAACUUCUAUUAGACCAAGUCUGCAGCAGGUUUUUCUUCCUGUGUACUUAAUACAAAUAUUUAAAUGUUAUACGAGAGUCAAAGGCUAACCCCGCCCGUCAUAUGAAGCCGCUUUCCUCUUAACUAACACCUGUUUAGCUCAGGUCACCUUCAGUGCUUUGUCAUCCCUUAUCACAGUCACUAUAAUUACACUAAAUCAUGAAGUGUGGUCACACCCUG